AUGCUCCUCCCGGAAAUCUUACCAGACACUUUGGAUAGAGCGAUUGGCAUGACUGUUAACCAAAGCCCGUGGUACAAAAUCAAAGAAGCAAUGGUUUGGCCCGCUAUCGGACAGGGAUAUAACACUGGUGUGAUGCUAUUAGACUUGAAAAAGCUACGCCAAACAGGAUGGAUGCAAAGAUGGCGUCAAGUGGCAAUGGAGGAAACGAAAAAGCAUGGACAUGUUUAUUUGGCCGAUCAGGACCUUAUGAAUGCUGCAAUUGUACGUCAGCCCUAUUUGCUAUACACGUUGCCGUGUGAAUGGAAUCUGCAAAUAAACGAUUGGAAUGAAGCCCUCCGUUGUCCGGUUGAGCAGCCGUACACCAGACCGAUCAACCUGUUCAGGUCACGUUCGAAAACGUUCAAGAUAGCUCACUUGAACACAAAACGAAAAUCAGAGUUUUUGGCCUCCGGCCUGAACUUUACCAGUUCCGUGAAUACUGGUCAUCCAGAAAAAGUUCAGUGGCGCCAGUUUUAUGUUAAACGAUAUCAUAUGUUCCGGGAAUACGACCCACGUUGGUUGACGGACAAGCUGGCAGCGAUUACAUCAAGUCGCAAAGAAACGCCCUCUACUGUGACAGCAAACUCACAAUUAUGUUCCCAGUUCGAAGAAGAGUCUCGUAUUCAAAGACGUGUACAUGCAUUCUAUCUGGAAUACAAUUUCACCGAUUUCAAUCAGCUGGACUCGAGAAAUACGGUCACACUGAUCAGCCAAAUGAGUUAUCAACGGCUUCACCGUCUAGAACAACUGGUGUCCACAUGGUCAGGCCCGAUUAGUAUUGCGCUUUACUUAACGGAACAGGAAGCCUACAAUCUUUCCAUCUUUGUAGCUGAGUCGGAAAUCUUAUCGCGACGACGAAACAUCGGUUACCAUGUCAUGUUUGUUGAAGGAUCCAUGUAUCCCAUCAAUCAGCUGCGUAAUUUGGCUCUACUUUACGCUCGCACUGAUUUUGUCUUCCAUCUGGAUGUCGAUUUCAUUCCCAGUGCAAAUCUGCAUGAUGUUUUGCAGAAUCUGAUCAAACAACGGUGGAGUAAGGUCCAGUGGUCAGCCGAUUACGAACCCUAUGUGGUCGUCCAUCGGGAUGCCCCCAAGUUUGAUGCACGAUUUGUUGGGUUUGGUUGGAAUAAGGCGUCCUACAUCAUGAGUUUGGACGCUACCGGCUAUCGAAUGUUCGUGUUGCCUGAUGUGUUUGUGCUUCAUUUACCUCACUCACCAAGUGUAGAAGUCCUUCGAUACCGAUCAAGUUUCAUCUACCGACAUUGCAUCGACAAAAUGAAAUUGGAAUUCAUAAAACAGCUUGCCAAAGAACACGGAGUCCUUGCCUUGAAGUACUUGGAUUUUCGCAAGUUUGAUGUCAAACCGGAAUCCAGAUUGUCGUAA